CAUGGGUUACUGGUUGAAUGGAAUAUACUGUAUGUCAAAAAUGUUUGGUUUUUUUAUUGUUGCAUGUACUGGAGGCAGAAACAUUUGACUAAUGAAAGCAAAGAAUUAAUUUGUUUUCAUUCCUGCAAGGAAGGGAAUACUGUGAACCUCGCCUGGUUUUGGCCGUUUAAAAAUUUCCAAAAUGUCUGCAAUUCCAGACCCUUCUGACGAAGCUCUUUCUGUGGCAAUUGGAUGUGAAUUAUUCUCUUACGAAGCAAAAAAAAUUGUGGCUGAUGAAUUAUUACAAGUCCCGAGUGAUGAGGACUGGAAACAGCACAUGACUAGAUUGGACUUGCUUUCGCUGCCUAACGGACAGUACUUGGAUAUUACUGUGGUGCCAAUAUUACUUCUCGGUCUUACUGCUUUAGCAGAAGAA